ACCCGGAUGUUGACGUCAUAUUCAAGGGACGACGUUGUGUAAGAAGUUAGCAGUAUACAUAAACAUUUCGUUCUAGUCUUAUGAAUGCGUACAUAACACGUCGAUGAUGUUGGCUGGUAAGGGCGCCGGCAAUGUCAUAUCUUCACUUCGGUUUCUGUUCAGGAAUCAGACGUUAGUCCUUGGGCCGUCGUGGAGGUGUUUAUCCACGCAAACCGAUGGAGAAGUUCGCAUCACAAAGGUCCUUAAGGAGAAAUUCCCCCAAGCGUCGUCGCUCAAAGUUGUGGAUAUAUCAGGCGGCUGUGGGGCCAUGUAUGAGGUCUACAUAGAGUCCAGUGAAUUCAAAGGCAAGAGAACGAUUCAGCAACACCAGCUUGUUAAUCAGGCACUGAAGGAAGAGAUUCAAGGAAUGCAUGGACUGAGAAUAUUCACAGAUGUUCCAAAACAGUAAUACACAAAUCCCCCUACUGUGACAAGAAUAAUUCUAAUGUUCAUCAUAUAUACCAUAAAUCUACAACGUGUAAGUAGAUAUUAUGUAGCUAAGCAAAUAAAUGUGAAAUGAAUACAA